AUGCAGGAGGUGCGCGCAUUUUCCAAGACCGUGGUGGACAAGGAGCCGCGGGACGAGGCCCCGCCGCAGCAGGUGGAGCGGCCUGUCGCAGCGCCCGUCGCCGCGCCCGUUAUGGCGCCCGAAGCGGAGACCGCGCAACGCAGAGUCACCCUACAGAUGAUUACCGAGGAGGCGGAGAGGGAGGCGAGACGGCUCAUGAGGGAGGAAGAGGGGGGUCAGGAGGGAGGAGAUGUUACGAAUGUGACUGGGGAGGCUAGUAUGGGGGACGUCGAAGGGGUAGUUAAGGAGGAGGUCAAGGAAGAGCCCAAGGAAGAGGUCAGAGAAGAAAUCAGAGAAGACGUCACUGUCAAUGAAGAAGUCAUCAACGAGGUCAAGGAGGAGGUCAAGAACGAAGUCAAGGACGAGGUCAAGGAGGAGUUCAGAACAGAAGUCAGAGCAGAAGUCCAAGAGGAGGUCCAAGAGGAGGUCAAAGCAGAAAUCAAUGAGGAAAUCAAAGAAGAGGUCAACACAGAGGUCGAAGAAGUGACAACGCAAGGGAGCGCGGACGUUUCCGCGGAAGUGAGAGAGAGUGACCAUACGAGGAAUGAGACAAGCGAAGUUGAAGGGGAAUCUGCAAAGCCCGUAGAAGUGAAUCCCGAAUCGGAUGCAGUACUAGAGGAGCGCAAGGAAGAGGGCAUGCAGGCGGAGAAGCCAGUGGAAGCUGUAGAGCGUAAGAGCGCAGAUGCAAGCACGGGCGCGGGCGUGGAGCCAGUGGAUGGCUCCAGCGCAGCAUGCCUGCGGCACAUAGUGUACGACAAGCCUGUGAAGACCGGGAGCACGGCGGUGACCAAGGCGCUGAAAAAGUACCUGAACGUGCGCGGGGCGCAGUACCUGAAAUGCACGUUCCAGAACUGCACGGAAGCGGCGCGGGAGGUGUGCGCGGGGGAGCGCGAGAAGGUGAACUUUGUGGAGCACCUGACGGGUGACGCGGACACGAUGGGGUGCCUGGGGCGCAGCGGGUACUACAGGGUGACGUCGAUCCGCGAGCCGCUGGAGCGGUGGGAGAGCGCGUUUCUGUACAACCGAGGGAAGAAGGCGACGCAUUACGGGAUCCAUUACGAGGCGAGCUACGAGGAGUUCAUGUCCAAGUACCCCGCGUGCUCGUUGUUCGACUACUACGACGGGCUUGGAAAGCGGUGCGAGGUGUCGACGCUGCCGUUGGAGGAACGGAUUGCGAGGAUUGUGGAGCGGUACGACGAGGUGAUGGACUUGUACCAGGACGAGGUGCUGGGGCAGCUGCAUCGCAGGCUGGAGGACGAUUUGAGAGAGGAGAACAAAUCGUCAAGGCCCCCGCAUGACUUCCGCGUGCCGAUCGACUUAGGCAGGCUGCAGAAUGAGACGAGGCUGUACGAGGCGCUGCGGCAGAGGCAGAAGGAGUUGGUGGGGAAGGAAAGGCGGCUGUGUUGAGGCGGGGCUUUCUUUUUUGAGUUGCGGCUAGCAGUUUUUUGUUGUACAUGUGAGCUGUCCAGUUUCGUGUGGGAACGGUUGCUUUUUUAUUGUUA